AAAGGACUUCUUUCCCCAGAGAGGAAGAAUCACCCAGAGGAAGAAUCACUGAGAGGAAGGUUCUCGCUAGACGCUGCGACCUGAGUCCCCGCUGUGGUCGGCUGAGAGUCACACACUGCACGCCGUUUGAGGGCAGCGACGGCGCCUUCUUGAAAUCGAGUGUUUCCUGACUUUCGACGGUAGGUCCUGGAAUCCACUCGCUCCUCUUCCUCCUUCCUGAUCCCUGCUUUUGACUGGCUGGGAAGUCCCCUGUCGAGAGGGACAGUCGACAAGAGUGCAGCCAACAGAAAGACAAGAAGAAGAGGAGACAGCUGGAUGGGUGCACUGGACAGGCGCAGGAGGCGCGUCUGUCUCGGCUAGACUGAUCUUCGCCCCUGAGCCUUGACGCGCUGAUUGACCAGUCUGGGCUUCAUUUUAUCUCCGCUUUUCGUUCUUCCUUCCCUUCUCUCUGCCUUUCGUUCUUCCUUCCCUUCCUGUUCGCGGAUCUCUCGAUGUUGCCUCGCCGGUGUCCCUCUUCUUCGCGACGUCUCUUCUGCGUAUCCAACUCUGUUUUUUUCCUUCCUUCUCUCUUCUCGACCUUUGCGUCGCUGUCUGUCUCAUUUCCUUUCGUUGCCGCUCGUGCUCGGUUGUCUCGCAUUCCCUGUCUCCCUGUCUGGGUUCCCUGUCUCUCCCUUCUUCUCUCUUCCUCUUUUUUGCUCUCUACCUUUUUUUGCUCUCUUCCUCUUUUUUGCUCUCUUCGCGUCUUCUCUCUAUUCACCUUUUCGUCUCUCCGUUCUGCUUCUCUCAUCUCCUCUUCUGCCUCUCUUGCUUCUCCUCUCCUCUCUCUCCUCCCUGCCUCUCUCGGCAUGUCCGCCAGCUAUGCGCGGCAGAUCGCUUCGGCUUUCGUUUCUGGGCUCGCGCCCUUGCCUCCGAAGCGGUGAGCAAGGCGCACAGGCGCGACGUUCACAUCGGACUUUCGGCGUUCCAGCCAGUGUUGUCUGGCACGCAAAUGCUGGGUCUUUGCUUUCGAGUCCGCUCCGACCUCUGCUGCUCGCGUCGACACACAGAGAUGCGUGCAUUCUGAAAACGCGUCACUCGUCCGAUUCCGCUUUUUACACAGAAGCAAAAGGCAGGUCUUCACCGCUGAGAGGGGGGAAAUCGGAUCUCGAGGCGCAUUCACGGAUGACCAGAAAUGGAGGAGACACAGACGCGGUCCGUUUUGAGUCUCGUGCGGCAGACGAGGGGCAGCGAGUCUGUGCAGAAACCAGCAAGAAAGAAGAAAGAGAAGACGCGGCAUGCUUCUCACACUUCGACCCGAUCUCCGGGAAACCGAGAAUGGUCAACGUCUCCUGGAAGCCUCCAAGUGUACGUACAGCCGAAGCUGAGGCCCAGGUGUGCCUCUCACGUGAGGUGUACGUCCAGCUGACCAAACACCGGGGCGAAGCGGCGAGCAAAUGCUUCCGAGCGGCGGAAGACGCGGCUCUGAACAACGUUGCCCGUGAGCCUGUGUGUUGCGCAGAGUCGCGCGGCGUCUCAGAAGCCCAGCAGCCUCGAGCAGCUUUCCCUGCGGCGUCGCACCGGCCAGUUUCCGCAAAGAAAGGAGACGUUUUUGCAGUUGCGGAGUUAGCUGGAAUUAUGGCAGCGAAACAGACGAGUUCCCUCAUUCCUCUCUGCCACAAUGUACCCGUCUCCGCUGUCGAGGUCUCGUGCGUCCUUUCGCCUGCCGACAGGCUGCUGUCGCCUCCAGCGCCGGCGGCUGCAGAGCUUCCCGAGGCCCGGCGGCGCAGCGCCGAUGCGGGAGAGGCUCAGGAGAGCGACACGCGACCUGACUGCGUGGUGACGAUUCGCAGUCGAGUAGAGUCGGUCGGAAACACAGGAGUUGAAAUGGAGGCUUUGGUGGCGGCCUCUGUGGCUGCUCUAACUGUCUACGACAUGUGCAAGUGUGUGGACCCAGGCAUCUCUAUCCAACGUGUGAGGCUGCUUGCGAAAACUGGAGGAACGAAGAGCCGCAAAGCGUGUCCUAGCGAACUUUGACAAGUCAUGCAAGCGUGAGAAACGUCUUUCAGGAAAGAAACGUCUCAGAACGCUCUCGCAGCCGAGACAUACUCGAGAAAACGGACAUGUGCAUUCGUGAACC